GCGGCGGGCGCGGGAGGAGCCGCGCGGCGGGAGGCGGCGGCAGGCGCCGUGCGCGCCCGCGGAAGAUGGCCUAUAUCCAGUUGGAACCAAUAAAUGAGGGUCUGCUCGCUAGAAUCUCGGAUCUCUUGCUGUGCCGGUGGACUUGUAGAAAUUGUUGUCAGAAGUGUUUCGACUGUAGCUGUUGUCAAACAAAUGAAGAUGAAGUUGAAAUCCUGGGACCUUUUCCUGCUCAAACUCCAGCCUGGCUGAUAAGCAGCCAAAAUGAGGACAAAGAUGGAGACUCUGAUAAUACAAUCAGUGAGCUGCCUCCCACUCUUCAGGAUGUUUCCCCUGACAGAAGGCGGUCGUCUUCAGAUGCAUCACGGUCCACUUACAGCCUCACGAGGCGGAUUUCAAGUUUAGAGUCGAGGAGGCCGAGUUCUCCGUUGAUUGACAUUAAGCCAAUCGAGUUUGGGAUAAUAGGAGCUAAGAAGGAAAUAGUUCAGCCAACUAUCCUGCGAAAAACCUAUACCCCAGAUGACUAUUUUAGGAAAUUUGAACCCAGACUGUACUCUCUUGACUCGAAUAGCGAUGACAUGGACUCCUUGACGGAUGAGGAGAUCUUAUCCAAGUAUCAGCUGGGCAUGCUGCACUUCAGCACGCAGUACGAUCUGCUGCAUAACUACCUAAUAGUGCGAGUCAUCGAGGCUAAAGAUCUGCCUCCUCCCAUUUCUUACGACGGCUCGAGGCAAGACAUGGCUCACUCCAACCCCUACGUGAAGAUCUGCCUCCUUCCCGAUCAGAAGAACUCCAAGCAGACCGGAGUGAAGCGCAAAACGCAGAGCCCGGUGUUUGAAGAGAGGUACACAUUUGAAAUCCCCUUUUUAGAAGCCCAGAGGAGAACUCUGCUUUUAACUGUAGUGGAUUUUGACAAAUUCUCACGCCACUGUGUCAUUGGCAAAGUGUCAAUGCCCUUGGGUGACGUGGACCUUGUGAAAGGUGGACACUGGUGGAAAGCCCUUGUGCCUAGUUCUCAGAAUGAAGUGGAGCUGGGAGAGCUGCUCUUGUCACUGAACUACCUGCCCAGCGCUGGGAGGCUGAACGUGGACAUCAUUAGAGCAAAACAGCUUCUUCAGACAGACAUGAGCCAAGGUUCAGAUCCCUUUGUGAAAAUCCAGCUUGUCCAUGGAUUGAAGCUAACAAAAACGAAGAAGACCUCCUGCAUGCGGGGGACGAUAGAUCCCUUCUACAACGAGUCCUUCAGCUUCAAGGUUCCACAGGAAGAACUGGAGAAUGCCAGCCUAGUGUUCACAGUGUACGGGCACAACGUGAAGAGCAGCAAUGACUUCAUUGGGAGGAUUGUGAUCGGGCAGUACUCGACGGGUGCCCCCGAGUCCAACCACUGGCGCCGGAUGCUCAACGCGCACCGGACGGCCGUGGAGCAGUGGCACAGCCUGCGGUCCCGGGAGGAGUGCGACCGCGUCUCUCCAGCGUCCUUGGAGGUGACAUGAGGUGGGGGACUAACAGCAGCCAGGCCAAGCAGGCGGGCGAAGAGGAAAACAACAAACCGCUGACAGAAUCACCCCACCUCACACCCUACACGCACCCCAUGGCAGCUCCGUUGGAUUGAAGCGGCUGCUGGCACCCAACCGGCCACACGGGCCUCUGCGAACUGUGUCCUGCUGGGUUCUGGCCAUUGCCCUGGGGCCAGCAGUGGCCUGGCCAUCCAGCCCUGUCCCGCUGGAUUCUGGCCGUUCCCCAUUCCCUGGCCACCCUCAUCUGUUUGGCGGGCAGCGUGGGCUGCGUGCGGAGGUGCCGCGGGAAGCGCCGAGCGGGUGGAGGAGUUGGGCAUCGCCUCCGCUGUCCUUCCAGCCCAAAUCCAUGGCUCAUCCUCCCGGAGAUGUAAAGUACCCGUGUGCUCUCGUCGGUGAACGUGGUAAAUUAGACUAGGAUAUUUUUUUAAGCGGUAGAACCUGUGGUGAAAUCGAUUCCGACUCCAGUUUUGUCCUUGUACUAGUUGUAACGGAAUUAAGCUCCUGUUAGUAUGUACACGUGCAUUUGUGUGCCGGGGCACGUGCCUGGCCCCACGUCCAGCAGCCCCGGUGUUGCGUCGGCGGCGAGACCUGCCACUCUCGAUAGCAGUCUGUGUGUGUCCAAGUAGAUCCAGUGGUGAUAUAGCAAAGUAAACGUUGCCAAUAGCAUUUGUACCGGGGAAGCCCAGCUCGUGUCUUUUCAAACCUGUGUCAUGCAAAAGAAACCUGCUGCGGGGGCUUUUGCGGUGAAGAUGACCCAAAAGACACGAUUUUCAUCCUCUCACAGACUGCGGUGGCUCUUUCUGUCUUGUGUGUGUUUAACCCAGGUAGUUCUCCAGGUCACCAAGUGAACUUAGCUGCGGUCAAGCUGUCCUGUUGGUUGCUUCAGUACCUUUUAUUUUUACACAGCAUAUUGUCUGGUAUGAUGCAGAAUUGUAUAUUUAUUGAAAAUAAAAUUCUAUUGAAUUGUGCCACGUA